CGGCUCCUAUCGCCGAGGAAAGAGUUAACGGCGCUCGAAACCCAACACCCUGCGGAGCCCGAAGAGGGGAGAAAAGGGAAGGGAGCGCGUGAAGGGAUAGAGUCUCUUCGGCGGGCUCGGGGGUUGGAGGCGCCUGUGUGCCAACAAGAAGCUGUUAAAGAAACCCCCAGGCAGGCUUCGCGAGCAGAGGUCACUCGAUGCGCAGGAGGGACUGAGCGGCGAGCGGCGAGCAGGAACGGCUUUCUAUAAGGACCUGCGGCAACGCGCAUCUCCACUGGGAACUCAGAAGGAUGGAAGCUGAGUCAACCUUGAGCUGGUGAGGAUCGAACCCUUGGCAUUGAGCUGAAUUAGUCUGUAAUACUCUUACCACUGUGCCACCACAGCUCUUAAACACCCCCAAACUUUCACAAUGAAAGCCAUCCAAAUCAGCCUGCCCCUGGCUUUUCUUGUGCUCCCGCUCUUUGUGCUUGCGGCUCCCAGUGAGGAGCUUGGCCAGCAAGAAGUCCCUACCAGCUUGAGUGGUUGCAAGAGAUGUUGUGAUUCUCUAGAUGUCCCUGGGCCCUCCGAAGCCAGUCUUGGUGCAGACAGACCUCACGCUUUGCCAUUCGUAAUGCCAGAAGUUCGUCCAUAUAUCAACAUCACAAUUCUGAAAGGAGAAAAAGGAGAUCAAGGAGAGCCUGGAGUUCCUGGGAAAUGGGGCAAAGAGGGACCCCCUGGUGAUCAGGGACCCCAGGGUCCAAAGGGCAGCAAGGGACAAAUGGGGGCACCUGGAGAUCCUUGCAAGCACCAGUAUGCAGCUUUCUCAGUGGGCCGGAAGAAAGCUCUCCACAGUAAUGAAGGCUACCAGGCUUUGAUCUUUGACACUGUCUUUGUGAACCUCUAUAGCCAUUUCGACAUGUUUAAGGGCAAGUUCUACUGCUAUGUGGCAGGCCUGUAUUUUUUCAGUCUCAAUGUCCACACCUGGAAUUUCAAGGAGACCUACAUGCACGUCAUGCGGAAUGACCAAGAGGAAGUCAUUCUCUAUGCUCAGCCCAGUGACCGCAGCAUCAUGCAAAGCCAGAGUCUGAUGCUGGAGCUGCGGGAGAAUGAUGAGGUUUGGGUGCGUCUCUAUAAGCGACAGCGUGACAAUGCCAUCUACAGUGACGAUGUGGAUGUCUACAUCACUUUCAGUGGUUAUUUGAUCAAACCCAGCCUUGAAUAGCUGUUUCCCUCCAAAGCACAAAUUCAUCCUCUAAACAUCCUCUUGAUUUCCUGUGAACUACUGCAAAUAAUACAGAAAAUGACCAAAAGAUCUGAAAACAGAGCACUGAAGAAAACUUCUUUUCUUUUGAGAAUGUCAACUGAAAAAUAAUAAUAUUCAUAGGUAAAAAAAUUACAGAAAUGUCUUGCUGAUUUAUGUGUCCUUCUCAACAGUAGGUGUGAUUGUAAGGUAUGGACUGGAAAUUCUAAGCAGCCUCAUGAAAUUUCUUUACCUGCUAACUCAGAAUCAUUUUGUAAACAUCUUUGUUUGGACAUGACACUUCCUAAGCAGAAUGUUCUAAUUUAGAUUGUUUAUAUGAGGUAAACUCUUUGAGUUAUAUCAAGUGAGAUAAGUUACCGUAUCUUAUCUACAAAUCUACAAACCAAAUGUAGGCCAGCAAAAAUGUUAUUUUGGCACUUCAAGUGCUUGACAGCGCCCUUCUUUUUGCUAAAAAUUCCUGGUGGGCAGCCUUAUAUGACUGAUAGUUGCAAUCACCUUCACAAAAUUUACAUUUGUAAAUGUUAUACUGUAUAGGGUUAGCAUAUUUUACUGUGAUUUGUGCAUCUGUCUAAUGAACUUGUUAUACAUUGUAUAACUUAGGGAUCUCUUCCAUCACUAUGUUAAACAUAUGCAGGAUUAUGACUUAGCUCAGGCAGCAAAAAAGUUAGAAAUACUGCAACGCUUCCAAUUUGUCCCCCAAAUCAAGAUUCUUUAAGAGAUUCCAUGCUGGUCCCUGAAUUUGUAUUAUAAUUGAUUGAAUCACAACAAAUCUAUAAAUGUAUUACAACAGGAUCCAUUUUCCUUCAGCUGACAUAGAUUGAUAUUACAGAUUUUCCCAUAGGCAGAUCACAUGAAGGCCAUGAUGUGGGCAAAAUAAUCAAUGGGGUUUCCUUUAAUAUCAUUGUGAGCUGACCUAUGUCCCAUGACAGAAUUAGUGAUUGGGGCUGGGCAGUGUUUCAGAGGUAAAUUCUUUGAAGAAUGUGUACAUACCGGUAGCCCUGGCAGUAACUUCUUAAAACAAAGAGAUCUGUUACAGAGAUCAUGCUGCAACUGUGCAAUUCUAGGAAAAGGUGUAGCUGUUUUAAGAUAUUUUCAACAUGUGCUAUAUGAUCUUUCCCAUGCUGCAAAAUAUCUCUCCCCUUCAAGUCCAAGACGCUGUGCAGCUCUACUGGUUAGCUGGAUAAACUAUUAAAUGUAAGGGCAAAGGAUUGCAAGGAAUUAUAAAUAAAAGAAAGAUACAAAUGCUUGCAUAUCAGCUUCUCUCACUGAGGGCAGCAAGCGCCAUUUGUACAUAUGGAGAUAAAAGAGCCUAGGCUGGCAUUCUCUUGCUAAAGCUACAAAAGAAAUAGGCUACUCCAAGGAUGGAAAAACAUGAAAGAAAUAAAAUUUCUAGAGGAACUUUUACUUUCUAAUUCUCACAUGUGAGACCUGCAAUAAAAUAUGCAUAGUCAUUCAAGAUACAGCAUGUCCUCUUCCAGGAAAAAGCAUUUUAUUCUUCUUCUUUCGUAGUUUUCCAUUCCCCUGCUGUCCCAAGAGUACAAAAUAUGCUUUUUAGGGAAUGGAACAUUUGGAAGAAUUCAGUGUGCCAUCCAUGGAGUUAUUUAUGAUCUAAAACUUAACCUUCCAACAGAAGUGUCCAUCCAGAAUUUUUCUCCAUCAGAGCAGGAUAAAUCACAAUUCUUCAAGAAAAUAUAAACACAAAUUUCUUUUCUUUUCAAUCCCAAUUUCCAUUCUGCAAUUAUGCAUAAGUUAGUUAUGUGAUCCCCCCCUUUUUUUAUCCCCCAAAGCACUGCUUAUCUGUUAAAUGAAAAUUAUAAUGCUGACCCACCUUGGAGAGUUGUGGUCAGGAUACUAGAGAUCAUCUUCUAUCAACCUGGUACCUUGCAGAUAAGGCAGGAUUACAACCUCCAAUGCAUCUGUUGUAAUCCAACACAUCUGGAGAUGCCAGCUUGGGGAAGACUGCUUUAAGUAAAGCACUGAGCACUUCCUAAAAUAUGACUUAGAUGCUAAAAAAAUUCUAUUACAAUGCACUGUAUGUUAACAAUAAUUUUUGUGUAUAGAUGGUGAAUAUACACAGACACUGCUAUAUGCAUUUGCUGCCUAUUCCACUCACAGGUAACUAAGUAAUUUCAAGUAAUUUUUAAUAGAUUGAGAAGCCAAGAGGCUUCUCAAUCUAUUAAAAAUAAAUGGAAAUAGACAGGUCAUGCAUUUUUAUUUUGACCCAGUGGAUAAUCUUGUAAGGCAGGCUAUGAGAAGUAUCAGGAUGCCUGUUUUUGUAAUACAGGGAAAGCUGUAGCUGAUUGCAUAAUAAUCUGAAUUCAUUCUCUCUGCAAAGUAGUGGUUUAAAAAUCAGCUGUUGGGUAUAUGCAACACAUGGCGUCCCUGUGUCUCCAGAGGGAACAACCAGAAUUUCUAGUACUGAAUUGCUUCCAGAUGUGAGAACUGAACUCUUUGAGCCUUUGCCUCCAUUCCUGUCUCAGCAAAACUCUCUCAAGUACUUCUACUGGGAAACAGCGUCUAAUGUUUCAAGGACAAAGUUUGUGCAUCGUUGUUAUGAGGCUGUAGGCCUGCUUUUUGGUGCUAUAAAAAAACCUUUAUAAUUCUUGGUGCUAAAGAAAACUUUUUGAUGCAAAAUUUGAAAAAUAAUUUCAGUUUGCUGGGAAAUAACAAAUAGGAAGGCCUGUGGAAUUUAUGGUGCUUUGUGGAAAUCAUCAGACAAUGGUUUGUGUGUAUAUAUGUAUCUUUUAAAUAUUAAAACUUCUUGAUUGCA